UUCCUGCCAUCGUCCAAAACAUAUCCCAGCCAGGAAGCUCGUCAACAGUCACAGCUUUCGCCCAGCCAACUUGAAUGACGUGCACGCAGUGAUCGAUAAUUAUGAUUCCGUACACUGUCAACAUCAAACUCGCGGCUCGGACGUUAACUGGCACUCUAAAUCUGCAGAAUAAAACUGCUGUUGAUUGGGGCUGGCAGGGGCUGAUUGCGCAAGGAUGUCAUUCUAGCAUCCUCAUUAUUGAUCCAAAGACAUCACAGACAAUCCAAGUGUUGGAAAAACACAAAGCCAAUGUGGUCAAGGUAAAGUGGUCAAGAGAAAAUUACUACCAUAACUUGAGCUCGCCCUACUGUUUGCGACUGGCCUCGGGAGAUGCCUCUGGAAAGAUAAUAGUGUGGGAUGUUGUUAGUGGCACUGCCCAUUGUGAGAUCCAAGAGCACUCCAAACCCAUUCAGGAUUUGGAGUGGCUGUGGAAUCAGGAUGUGUCCCGUGAUCUUUUGUUGGCCGUGCAUCCACCAAACUACAUCAUUCUAUGGAAUGGAGACACAGGAACCAAGCUGUGGAAGAAAAGCUAUGCGGAAAACAUUCUGUCGUUUUCUUUUGACCCGUUUGACCCAUCCAACAUGGCAUUGCUGACGAGCGAAGGAAUAGUCUUCAUCACAGACUUUUCCCACUCGAAACCACCGGGAAGUACGGGCAAAAAGGUUUACAUUGCAAGCCCGCACGCAAGCCCUGCCCACACCAAGCCUACACCCACAGCUGCUCCGCCUCCUACCGGUGCCAAGAAAGCUCUCAACAAGGUCAAAGUGCUAAUCACCAAUGAAAAGCCCACCGCAGAGGCAGUGACAUUAAACGACUGCCUGCAGCUGUCUUACCUGCCCUCCAAAAGGAACCACAUGUUGCUGCUUUAUCCCAGGGAGAUCCUCAUUCUGGACUUGGAGCUCAGCCAGACUGUGGGAGUUGUUGCCAUUGAGCGUUCUGGAGUGCCCUUCAUUCAGGUGAUCCCCUGCGCCCAGAGGGAUGCCCUGUAUUGCCUCCAUGAGAACGGAUGCAUCACCCUUCGCGUGUGCCGUUCCACCACAACUCUUGAAGAAGGAUCAGCAGCAACAGACCCAGAACAGAGUGCCCAGGAGCUUGUGUAUGACCUCCGCUCUCAGUGCGAUGCUAUCCGUAUCACCAAGACUGUCCGGCCAUACCGCAUGGUUAUCUGCCCCAUCAAUGAAAACAAUGCGGCUCUCAUGGUCAGCGAUGGCAGAGUCAUGCUAUGGGAGCUUAAAGCCGUUGCAGGCAAAGCUACUGCCAAUCAAAGUUCAGGUUUAUCCCCGCUCUACUCCCCUGUGUCCUUUUGUGGAGCUCCGCUGGCUCCAAACCAGAAACAUAUUCAGAAUCUCUCUCUCAACAGCAUGAUAGGUCAAACCUUAAUCGCUGGUGAGGCCCCGCUUCCAUCCUCCAACCAGCAAGAAGUCCAGCUCAAGUUCCUGUUGACCGGACUCCUCUCUGGUUUGCCACUGCCACCUUUUGCCAUCCGCAUGUGUCCACCUCUUACAACCAAAAACAUCAACCAUUACCAACCGAUGCUGGCUGUUGGCACCAGCAAUGGGUCUGUAUUGGUCUACAACCUUACCAGUGGUCUCCUCCAUAAGGAGCUCAGUGUCCAUUCUUGUGAAGUAAGGGGUAUUGAGUGGGUGAGUCUCACCAGUUUUCUGUCGUUUGCCACUUCUUCUCCUAACAACAUGGGCUUGGUUCGGAAUGAGUUGCAGCACGUCGAUAUGCCUACUGGACGAUGUUUUGCAUUCAGAGGUGAGCGAGGAAAUGACGAGCCACCCGUUGAGAUGAUAAAGGUUUCACAUCUGAAGCAGUACCUGGUAGUGGUGUUCAGAGAAAAACCCCUGGAGCUGUGGGACGUCAGGACAGGGACACUUCUUCGAGAGAUGGCAAAGAGCUUCCCUACCGUUACGGCUCUGGAAUGGUCCCCAUCGCACAACUUGAAGAGUUUAAAGAAGAAGCAGAUGGCGGCAAGGGAGGCCAUGGCUCGUCAAACAGUGUCAGACGCUGAGCAAAAUAGUGUUGAAUCCUCAGUAAUCAGCCUACUGCAGGAUGCAGAGAGCAAGUCGGAGACCACCCAGGCCAUAUCUGCCAGGGAACAUUUUGUGUUCACUGACACAGAUGGGCAGGUCUACCAUAUCACUGUUGAGGGCAACACUGUCAAAGACGGUGCCCGUAUCCCUCCUGAUGGCAGUAUGGGUAGUAUUGCCUGCAUUGCCUGGAAAGGUGAUACCCUGGUGCUCGGUGAUGUGGAUGGAAAUCUUAACUUCUGGGACCUUAAAGCACGUUUGUCAAGGGGAAUACCAACUCACCGCGGCUGGGUGAAGAAAAUUCGCUUUGCCCCAGGCAAAGGCAACCAGAAGCUCUUGGUUAUGUACACCGAUGGAGCAGAGGUCUGGGACACCAAAGAGGUCCAAAUGGUCAGCAGCAUGCGCAUUGGUCGCAACGUAAACUAUCGCAUCCUAGAUAUUGACUGGUGCACUUCAGACAAAGUCGUGCUGGCUUCAGACGACGGCUGUAUUCGAGUUUUGGAGAUGGCCAUGAAAUCCGCCAGCUAUCGUAUGGAUGAACAAGAUCUCACCGAUUCAGUGUGGUGCCCAUAUCUGCUGCUACCCCGAGCUGCCCUCACUCUUAAGGCUUUCCUUCUACUGCAGCCGUGGUCGGGGACCUUCACGAUGGACAUUACACAAGUAGACUACAAUGAAAAAGUCGAGAUAAAAGGUUUAAUCCAGGAGCAGCUCAAUUCUUUGUCAAAUGACAUGAAGAGUGUGCUGCAGGACCCCGAGCUCAGCCUGCUGCAGCGCUGCCUCCUGGUCUCACGGCUGUUCGGGGAUGAGUCUGACCUUCAGUUUUGGACAGUGGCCUCACACUACCUCCAGUCAUUUGCUCAGGCUCAUCACCUCAGUGUGGCCACAGCGGAGGGGCAGAUUCAAAGUGAAUCAGCUCAGCAGUCUCCUCAGAAUCAUCUGGACAUCUGCCACGACAUGUUGUGCGAAAGCUCCUAUUUCCAGAAAUUCCAGUUGGAUCGUGUUCACCUGCAGGAAGUGAAGCGCUCCAGUUAUGAGCAUACUAAGAAAUGUGCUGACCAGCUCCUCCUUCUGGGUCAGACGGACCGUGCCGUACAAUUACUGUUGGAGACGAGUGCAGACAAUCCUAGCUACUACUGCGAUUCCCUAAAGGCCUGUCUGGUGACCACCAUCACCUCCUCUGGACCCUCCCAGUCCACCAUCAAACUUGUGGCCACAAACAUGAUCGCCAACGGAAAGUUAGCAGAGGGGGUGCAGCUGCUGUGUUUGAUUGACAAGGCUGCAGAUGCCUGCCGCUACCUGCAGACCUACGGGGAGUGGAACCGUGCCGCCUGGCUCGCCAAGGUGCGUCUCAACCCAGCAGAGAGUUCAAAUGUGCUGAAGCGAUGGGCCGAACAUCUUUGCUCCCCGCAGGUCAACCAGAAAUCUAAAACUAUCCUCGUGUUGCUUUCCCUGGGCUGCUUUUACAAAGUGGGAGAGAUGCUACACAGUAUGAGGCACUUUGACUGUGCAGCUCUCUUCAUCGAAGCCUGUUUGAAAUACGGGGUCAUGGAGGCCAACGACUCAUCGAAUAAACUCAUAGAGACGGCAUUUUUGGACUACGCACGGCUGCUGCGCUCGCUCGGCCUGCGAGAGGGAGCCGCUCUGUGGGCGUCGCGGGCGGGCACCGCCGGCGAGCAGCUGAUGGAGGAGCUGUUCAAGGGGGAGGGAGGAGGAAAUGAGGUAGUGCUUGAAAAUGACGAGGCCAAGGUAGUCAUCGACUCUUGAAGAUGAACGGACUAAUGGCUGAGAAUUAAGAUGAACCAGGGAGCUAUAUCUCGUCAGCACGAGAAGACGGUGAUGAGGUUCCGUUGCGUCAUUUGUCAGUUCAUUCAUUCAUGGUCUUCCCACGUUUGUGGCUAUGACGAGUUUGGCAUUUCGUGAUAUUUUUGUUGUGACGAUGGGACCUUCGUGUUUGUCGGCAGCUGUAUGAGCGUGUUGCUGCCUCAAAAGAUCUUAUCCUCCCAACGAGUGACGUCAUGCACAUUGUUGUCUGUUCAAUUGAACUUUUAAUAUGGUGGGUUUGCAUUAUUGUCUGUGCCUGUGUUGAAUACAUUUUAGGCCAAAUGUAUGAACUUGCUGUUCUACUGCUGUGAUGGAAUGCAGCAAGAAGUUGGUACAUUUCUUCCCCUUUGUUGCACUGCCUUGAAAGUUUACUCUCACCAUUCAUUAUAUCCUUCUUCAUCACUGAAUUCCAAAGCAUUGCACUUUUAAUUUCCCUUGCAGGACCAUUCCAGUUGUUGCGCACCGUAGUGUGACUUGACAGAGGUUUUUAAAUGAUCAAAUCUUGGAUGUGCACAGUCUAUCCCUGUUAGGUAACUGCAUGGACAAUGCAGCCCAAAAAUAUCCAAAACCAAGCCCAAUUUGGAGUAAUUUAUUUUUGUUUUUUUAUGGAAGAAUUUAUAUCCUUCAGCUGAAAGGUGUUUGUGUAGUAUCUGCAGAGCCUUCACAGCCAAUGUUGAUAAUGCAGCCUUUAGAAUGGUGCAAAAGAUCUUUUUCUCAAAAAAAAAGAUGACCAAAUGAAUAAUUUGUGGGGGAGAAUAUUUCCUUUUUCUAUUUCUACCUAGAGAAUACCCAUUCAUCCAAUAAAAAUGCAUUUUAACUAAAAAAAAUAUAUAUAUAUAUUUGAUUUAGAAUCAUUUUUGGGCGUAAAUAAAUAAUAAGACACAGACGACAAGAGGCUAAGUGUUUGGCUUGGUAUAUAUUAUAUUAUAUGAUAGUUUAUCAAUAACUGCUUUCAACAUGAGCUUUUUAGAUGGACACCGUCUGGAUUGCUCCCGUUGAUGUGCACUUGCACAAGGAAGUGUUGCAACUUGCGCGUUCCCCCUUUUUUUACUCACCACCCUUUGCUUAUCAAAACCAUACAUACGAGCCGACAUCGCAUGGACAGCCUUUGUGUGUUUAUCCUUCUUGUGGUGUGUCAACCUGUCCUGCAGUCAGACAGAAACGUCUUCUGUGGGACCGUCAGCGUGUUACUGUGUUUCAUAAACACGUCAGUGCUGUUCCCCACAGUGUCAAUCUACAUGUUCUCAUGUAAUUUCCCAAUUCCCACUUCUAUAAGUGGAUGUAAAGUCUAUAUAUUGUUUGUGCACUGUGCAAAAUUGUGCACUGUGAACACAUGCACCACCUUAUCGCACUUAUAUUUUUUUACUUUCAAUUUUUUUUCCCAUUGAGUUGUACAGGUCUUGGGUCAUAUUAAUGGUAGAAAAUACUUAGUGAUUUAUCUAGAUUGCUGUGUUGUAUCACAACUGGCACUUGAACCGGGGUGUGUAGACUUUUUAUAUCUGCUGUAUGUAGAAGAGCUAGUAUAUAAUCACAGCACGAUCAAUGUAUUUCCUUGCAUCUGAGAAUUUUGUUGUGCAGUGUUGUGAUGGAAGAGACACACAUACAGUACACACCGUACUUUUUAGCCUCUAGUAAUGUGAUGCUUUUUUGUAUAAUGAUGUGCAAAGGUAAGUCUUGUAGCUGGAGCACAUAUCUUUUAUUGCAAUUGAUCAUAAAAUAAGCAAACUUUUUUUUCAUUAUUGUCAGUUGAUUGUCACACAUCCUUGAAGCUGUACAUUGUAAAUAAAUCUGAAACAACAAAAUUAUACCCCUAUAUGAAUGGCAAUAAAAUGAGUCUACUGUA